CUGGUUGGUUAACAUUGCUGGGUUUUAUUUUUCUGCAUUGUGGGUACCCAGAGCACAUUAAUUUCCAGCUCAAAUAUGGGAAACAAGUGUCUUUGAGAGGUUUAAUUCCUUGCCAGCGACUUCCAGUGAUGUAGACAGACACUUGAAUUUUACUGCCAGAAGGUAAUAAUCAAAUAUGAAGAUGAUAAGCAAACAUGCUUCUGCCAGAAAGUCAUUUGCUUCUGCCGUGAAAGAAGGGCAGAGGCAGGACCUGGGAUGUAGUGAAGUAAGAAUCCAAAGGCCAAGCUGGCUGUUGCUGCAUGCUCCAGAUCUUCCGGUGAUGUGCUGAAAACAAGGAACAGAACUAUCCUGCUGUGACUUAUCUGUCUCUGAGUGUGGGCAGAGCUGCACUUCCCGACUGCUGUGAAGAGCUGGGCAAGGAUGGAUGGGACAUAAAGUGAAGCAGAAGUCCUGGAGCCUUAGUCACCAGUCUGAUGGACUUUCAGUUCACACUUUACUCCCUAACACUUGAAUUGUUUCUGUACUGUUGGCAAAGGAAAAAUGACCUCAACUGUAGGUCCACCGCCAUACUACGAGAAUCGGGGCUUUCAGCCAGAGCCCAUCUAUGCCGCCAGGCAGGCAGCAGGUGCUAAUCCAUACCCACAGUUCUUCUCCACAAACGCUCCCUCAGUGCCAAGCUACGUCCCAAGGGUUGCCACCCACCAGUCCACCAGGCCAGUAGCACACUCAUCCAGGAGAACGUGUGCAGCCAGUCUAAAGAAAACCAUAAUAAUUUUAUUAUCUAUAUUAAUAGUCAUUUGUUGUGCAAUUGCUGCUUUCUUCAUCUGGUAUUUUGUAGAGAACCACUGUCUCAGCUCCCUGAUUGAGUGUGGCUCUUCAGGGGUGUGCAUGCCCCCCUCCCAGUGGUGUGAUGGAGUGAGCGACUGCCCCAACGGGGAGGACGAGACCCGCUGUGUUAGACUUUUUGGACCAAAUUUUAUCCUGGAAGUUUAUUCACCUGUCAGCAAAUCCUGGCAUCCUGUUUGCCAAGAUGACUGGAAUGACAGCUAUGGGAAGAUUGCAUGCAAAGACAUGGGCUACAGUGUAGAUACGUAUUUCUACAGUCGUGGGGUACCACCUGAAGUCAGCUUUAAGAGCUACAUGAAGCUGAACACGAGUGCUGGGAAUAUAGACUUGUACAAAAAGCUGUACAGCAGUGAUUCCUGUUCCUCAGGAAACGUGGUUUCUCUGCGCUGCAUAGAGUGUGGCCUGUCCAGUAAGAGUGUGAGCAUCAUGAACAGGAUCGUGGGUGGCAGUGGGGCCGUGCUGGGGCAGUGGCCAUGGCAGGUCAGCCUGCACGUGCAGGGCACCCACGUCUGCGGGGGCUCCAUCAUCACCCACCACUGGAUUGUGACAGCAGCACACUGUGUGGAAGGGCGAUUUUCUGACCCACACAGCUGGAGGGUUUAUGCUGGGAUUCUGAAUCAGGAUGAGAUGCUCUUUAGAAGUGGAUACAGAGUGCAACAGAUAAUUUCCCACCCAGAUUAUGACACAGACUCUAAAGACAAUGAUGUUGCCCUUAUGAAGCUGGAGACACCACUGAGUUUUACUGAAACUGUGAGGCCAGUUUGUCUGCCUAAUCCGGGAAUGAUGUUCCAGCCUAACCAGCAGUGCUGGAUAUCAGGAUGGGGAGCAGAGUACCAAGGAGGUAAAACAUCCAAUAACUUGAAUUACGUGGCGGUGCCCUUGAUAGAACGUUCGAGGUGUAAUGCUGUUUAUAUCUACAAUGGCAUGAUUCUGCCUACAAUGAUCUGUGCUGGGGACCUAGCAGGGGGAAUUGAUUCCUGUCAGGGUGACAGUGGAGGUCCUCUGGUGACUUACCACCACUCCGUGUGGUGGCUGGUUGGAGACACCAGCUGGGGCAGUGGCUGUGCCACUCCCAACAAACCUGGGGUGUAUGGAAAUAUGACUGUGUUUACAGACUGGAUUUAUAAAAACAUGCAGGCAAACAGAUGACAACUCUCUCUUUGCUAAUCGAUGUUCCUGAGGACAAGAAUAUAUGAAGCCAUGGGGGCCUGGGAUAUUUAUUCACUUUGCAGUUGAUUUCAUUUUUCCUCUUUGAUUUUUCUUUUUAAAAGUAACAUGAAGGAUUGCACACUUGGUUCUGUGCUGGCUACAGUGACUGAUCUUAAUCAGUGAAGGAUUAUUACAAUGAGCACCUUUCUUCUCCUUGUGGUGCCUGGCAGAGUCAUUCUGUCAAAUGCUUGCAGAAAUGCCUCUCCUUUGUUGAGUAACUUUCGCUUGAUAAUCAGGCUUCUAAUGACAAUUUAAAUCACAAUUUAAUUUCAGAUUUCGUUAGCGGGAUGCCGAGACAGUUGGUUUAGUAGUUUUUAAAUUAAAUGUUAAGUAAUGUGAAUGUUGAAUUUCCGAGCUGCUGGUUGGCAAUUUAAAAAGAAAUGAAUGUUUUUUUAGUAUAGAAUCAUAGAAUGGUUUGGGUUGGAAGGGAUCUUAAGGAU